GUUAAUACGGAGUGGAUGAUUUGUGUCGUCUCCUGGCUGCAGGACGGCCGUGGUUUUGGCAUCGGCGAGCUGGUUUGGGGGAAGCUGCGAGGUUUUUCUUGGUGGCCGGGCCGCAUCGUGUCCUGGUGUAUGACGGGCCGGAGCAGAGCCGCCGAGGGAACCAGAUGGGUCAUGUGGUUUGGAGACGGAAAAUUCUCAGUGGUAUGUGUAGAGAAACUUCUGCCUUUAAGUUCAUUUAAUAAUGCCUUUCACCAACCAACUUACAACAAACAGCCCAUGUACAAGAAAGCAAUCUACGAAGUGUUACAGGUGGCUAGUAGCCGGGCAGGAAAAGCCUUUAUAGCCUGCCCCGACAGUGACGAAAGUGAAACCUCCAAAUCAGUGGACAUGUUAAACAAGGAGAUGAUUGAGUGGGCGAUGACCGGGUUUCAGCCCACUGGACCUAAGGGCUUAGAGCCACCUGAAGAGGAGCGUAACUCCGAGGUUUACCCCGAGAUUUGGGUGGAGCCCGAAGCGGCGGCCUACACGCCCCCCCCAGCCAAAAAGCCUCGCAAAAGCACGGUGGAGAAAGGGAAAGUCAAGGACAUCAUCGACGAGAGGACGCGAGAGCGACUUGUUUAUGAAGUGAGACAAAAGUGCCGCAGCUUGGAGGACAUCUGCAUCUCGUGUGGAAGUCUGAACGUGAGCCUGGAGCACCCCUUGUUCGCCGGAGGAAUGUGCCAGAGCUGCAAGAACUGCUUCCUGGAAUGCGCGUACCAAUACGACGACGACGGUUAUCAGUCGUACUGCACUAUCUGCUGCGGCGGACGUGAGGUGCUCAUGUGUGGAAACAACAACUGCUGCAGGUGUUUCUGUGUGGAAUGUGUAGACCUCCUCGUCGGUCAAGGAGCCGCCCACGCUGCCAUCAAAGAGGACCCGUGGAACUGCUUCAUGUGCAGUCCGAAGGGCGUGUUUGGUCUCCUGGAGCGCCGCUCAGACUGGCCCGACCAUCUGCAGCUCUUCUUCGCAAAUAAUCACGAUCAAGAUUUUGAUCCACCAAAGCUUUACCCCCCAGUCCUGGUGGAGAAGAGGAGGCCCAUUCGUGUUCUGUCGUUGUUUGAUGGCAUAGCGACAGGACUGCUGGUGUUAAAAGAACUUGGCAUCCAAGUGGAUCGCUAUGUGGCGUCCGAAGUGUGUGAAGACUCAAUCACAGUGGGCAUGGUCCGACAUCAGGGACGGAUCAUGUAUGUUGGGGAUGUGAGGAAUGUCACACGCAAACAUAUUCAGGAGUGGGGUCCAUUUGACCUCGUCAUUGGUGGAAGUCCCUGCAACGACCUCUCAAUAGUCAACCCUGCUCGGAAGGGCGUUUAUGGAGGCAGCGGCCGCCUCUUCUUUGAGUUCUACCGGCUGCUCCACGAGGCUCGGCCCAAGGAAGGAGACGACAGACCGUUCUUCUGGCUCUUUGAAAACGUUGUUGCGAUGGGUGUGAGCGACAAGAGGGACAUCUCUCGCUUUCUAGAGUGUAAUCCAGUCAUGAUUGAUGCCAAGGAGGUGUCUGCUGCCCACCGCGCCCGUUACUUUUGGGGUAACCUCCCUGGCAUGAACAGACCUCUGUCGGCCAUGUGCUCUGACAGGCUGGACCUCCAGGACUGUUUGGAGCACGGCAGAACGGCAAAGUUUGAGAAGGUCAGGACCAUCACCACCAGGUCUAACUCCAUCAAGCAAGGAAAGGACCAGCAUUAUCCCGUCUAUAUGAACGAAAAAGAAGACAUCCUCUGGUGCCCUGAGAUGGAAAGGGUAUUCGGCUUCCCAGUCCACUAUACAGACGUUUCCAACAUGAGUCGACUGGCGAGGCAGAGGCUGCUGGGCCGAGCGUGGAGCGUCCCCGUCAUCCGCCACCUGUUUGCACCACUUAAAGAUUACUUUGCCUGUGUUUGAGGAGCGAGACGUUGCCUUUCAGGCUAUUUUAGGAACUAGAAAUAAUAAGAGCCUUGAUUCUCAGAUUAUACUCUGGUAUAAUUUGCAAACAUUGACAUAGAUUCACAUUAUCUCUUGUAUUUGAAUUGUAAUUCUUAUUCUAUUUAAUUUUGGGUUGUUGUUUUUUUUGUUGUCAUUUUUACCUUUUAGCAUUGUUAUCGAAUAUUGUUUAUAUGUUUGUGCGAGCUAUACUUGUAUGAGUGGAAUUUUGUUCCUUUUUAAAACGAUGAAUUAAAACGAAAAAAAAAAAAAAACAUUUUAAACCAAAACUAUACAAAUUAGAAAUACUAUUAUUUUGCGAAGAAAAAAACACAUUUGCUUUCAAAUCCAAAAGUUUUUGUUUUGAAUGAAAAAGUUUGGAUCACAAAGCUAAACUUUUCUUCUCGUCUGAAAUCUUUGGUCUUGUGGGGUUUGUUUCAGUGCAUAGCUUAAACUCUUUUAUUUAUUUUUUUUUACUAUUGUUUGACUUGAUUAGUUCUUGUGCAAAAACUGAAAUAUUGCAAAUCUGUACUGGACUCUUAAACACUAAACAGAUAUUCUGAGAUCUUAGCUUUUCCUCUAAAUAGAGUCCAGCUUGAAAAAAUUACAACGUAGAGAAUAAUUAAACCUGACCUAACCAAAAGAUAUUUUUUUAUACUCCCCCACUCUUGCAGUAAAUGUUUGCACAUCAAACCAAAAAGUGGUUUCAAGCUAAAUAUUCUCAACCCAAAAUUGUGGAGGCGCAAAAGAAACUUUUAGCUUUGUAAGCAAACCUGUAGAUGCAAAUUUAAGCUUAAAUUGUAUUAUCUUUACAAAGCAAAACAUUUAAUUGCAUUUUUCUCUACCUUUCACAUGUUUGUUUUUUUAUUGAGAACUUUUUUUUUUGAUUGAUUGCAUCAAAAAAGAACAAAAUUCACAUCAUAAUUCUUGAGACUACGCUUUCCUCUUGAGACACUGAGACACUCGAGCGUCGAACGCGUUUUACUAAAGAGACGGAAAUCUCUCGAGAAGCAUGUGGACGGCGUUUUAGGUGCGUGAAACGCAUCGGCGCCACUUGCGGCACGUCGUGACGUGCAACCGCAGCAACCGUGCUUCCAGCUACUGAGCCUCGACAGGGAUGUGAAAAGCGAAUUUUCUUUUCUUUUCUUUUUUUUUUCGUUUCGCUUCGGUGUCGGGGGAGGGCCGUGUCUCUGAAAAUCCAAAACACCAGAUCACAAAUACCUCAUUGUUUAUGGUUUCUAUACACAGCUGAAGGUAAUAAAGGUACUACUGUAAUAUGGUUACAACACCAUGGUGCUUCAAGAUGAUGACAGACAUCAUAGCCCAUGUGGCACUACGACUUUAGACAACACAGAGCUCUUUAACCUGUUGCUCGAAAGACUUCUGCUGGAUGUUUUUACAUUUAAUUGAAAAAAAAAAAAAAAAAAAGAUGUACUAAGUUCUGGGAAACAGACUUUAAACUGCAACACAGAGCCUGUCCUCUUUUACAACUUUUGUACUGUUUCUACUGGUGCUCAUUUGGUCUCCCAGCCUUUCUGCACUCAGGCCCAAGGCCUGCAUCUGCACAAACAGGGUGUGAAGCUAGCCACAUGGGGAAUGAUGUUUCCUGUCAUUAAAAAAAUAAAUAAAUAAAACAAACAACAAAAAAAAAUCUUUUUAAGUCUCCGGUGAGCUACUUUUUUCUAGUGUCACCUCGACUAACGAUAUUACUGUACAACUGUUAGUAAGCGCUGUUGCUGGAGGCCCGGUGACCAUCCUCCUCAACGUCCGCCUCUCUGAACUGAAAAAAAAAAAAAAAAAAAAACAACUGUCAGGUGCAAAAACUCAACAACAUGGUGCGGCUUCACAAGGUUCUUCUACCUUUUAUAGCAAUUUUGUGCUGUUUUAUCAACAUUAUAAGCACUUUUAUAUGUAUACUUUCUUGUUUUCUUGAUUAUUAUUUUUUAUCAUUAUUAAAUGAUAAUUCUUGUGAAUUAAUUUUUUUUUUUUUUUUUAGUUUUAUGAUGUGAACUGAUCUACCCUUGUGUAAUACUUUUUGUAUUCAGUAGGGCUGUGCCAAUAGAAGUACAAGUAUGGAUUUUGAUAUGUGAAACUUGUUAUUGGACUGUGUACAGUUGGUGGAUUGAUGUUUAUUGACCUUUCCUUUUCCUCCAUCGUUCAUAUUGUACUCUAUUUUAAAGCAGCAGCGAACCCUCUCACCACUAGGCAUGGGUCGGUGUGACUUUGGGUGAAAAUACCACGGCUUCCUGGUAUUUGUACAAACAAGUUAAGAAUAAGGAUCAAUAACAAGAUCUAAUUGCUUUUAUCAGAAGAGAAAGGCAACAAUUAUUCCUGCUGCUGUUAAAGUAAUGCAACCUAUUGAUUAUUGGUGUAAUAUAGGGUUAGCUAUAACGUACAUUGACGUAGACUUAAGCGGAAAUAGAGCGUAAACAACGGAUAAAUUCAGUUGUUUUCUUUCUAAGCUAAUAUGUAACAAGCUAAUGCGAGCUCGGGAAUUAGUCAGGCUUUCUGCGCCAUCAGAGCACACAAGCUGCUCGUAGCUUGCCAACUAUACUUUUAAAUUAGCACCAUAUUAAAA